ACGUAUGUGGUAAUCUCAACUAUGUAUAAUGUGGAUGACCCUGACCUGACAGCUUAGACUAGAGAAGCGAACGAAGUAUAAUUGUUGGCAUAGAUUUAUAACUAGCCUAGAUGCCUAGUCUGUACAUCCCUAGUGAAGCCAUUUCGAGUACGAAAUUAUGUCGCCCUCGUGUCAUCGUAUCCAAACGGCCCUCGCAGUACUCAAGGUCGAGUUGGUUUGUGUACACCUCCCGGUUAUAAAUUAAAAAAUACAAGAAAGAUGGUUGUUUGUGCGGUGAAUUGGUGUUACAACACAUCAGUGAAUAAAAACAAACCGCCUGAUAUAACAUUUCACGCAUUUCCGACUGAUCCGCUUCUGUCUGCGAGAUGGACGGAAAAAAUUAAAUUAAACAGGAACGAUGCAAUAUGGAAACCGACUAAACAUAGUCGAAUAUGCUCUCGCCAUUUUGAUGAGCAAGUAAAGUAAAUUUUAUUUGUGGAACACAGGUGUUACAGUUAAGGUCUGUAAAAACGAAACGCAACUGUCACUGUCGCACUUAUAUGGAAGACUGAUAGAGAGACACAAAGCGUUUCGUUGUUCGCAGCAAUAGCGCUUGCCACCUAAGCCUGCAGGUACAAUUACUAGUACUGACGAUAAAUAGUUAUUUGUUUUACAAGUGGAAAAGUUGUUGUUUAACCGCUCGUGCUAAUAUUGCUACUCGAGCUAAAUAAAGAUCCAAAAUGUCGAAAAAUGGAAUCUUGAGCGUUGCGAGGGUUUCAAGUUACGAGAGUUAAACAAAUUUUGCCCCAAGUGAAACACAAAACUUUUCACCACACCAACCCGAAGAAAAUAUUAGUCAAAUAAAAUCAAACCAAAUCAAAUCCAAAUGAUCGUCAUUAAAUAUUUAUCAUUUAAAAUCAUUAUUCCAACGUCAAUUCUACCAGCUAUUAUCUGUGCACAUUUGUAAAACAAAAAAAUAAACGUUUUUUUUUAUUUAAACAUUAUUUCACAAAGUACAGAAAUGCAAAGUCCUUAAAAGAAACCUUGAAAGCUUUUGCUACAAAUUUAAUAUCUACAUACACACUCCCAAAUGAUUGAUAGCCAAGUAUAAGGAUGUGGUUAAAAUCCAUCUACUUUAAGGGGAAUAAAUGAACUCUGGCAACCCAUUUUUGUAUAUAUGCGUGUGUCGCUGAGCGUAAGACACGAGCGUCGCACGCACACAUCGAUCGAGUUUCGGCUUCACUUUUGGCAGAUUAGCCUUAUGACGACUAACUGUCUAUGUUGAUAUGAAAUAGUAACAUAUUUGUUUUGCUACCAGUCGGACGACAUCGACAUUAACAACCAACUUAUUUAAUAAUUUAGUUUCUUGCGAAGUUGAAAAAAAUAAUCAAAAUAAUGAACGAACGAGUUGAUUUAGUUGUGUUGGGUGCCACAGGUUUCACAGGACGAUACGUUGUUAAACAUUUAGCUUCAAUUAACAACGAAACGGAUUACUCUGAUUUGACUUGGGGUAUAGCAGGACGCUCGAAAGAAAAGCUAAAUAAUUUGUUGGUGGAUCUGGUUGAUAAAGGUGUCAACGUAAAGAAUAUUCCAGUAAUAGAAUGCGAUAUAGCAAACGAAGCUAUGGUGUACGAAGUGUGUCGUCGAACAAAAGUAGUAGUGAACUCAACUGGGCCAUACACUACCUUAAGCGAGCUGGUAAUCAAGACCUGCAUACAAACUAAAACGCAUUACGUUGAUAUUUCUGCUGAGUUACACCAAAUGCUCAGUAUAUACAGAGGUUACAAUAAAGCUGCAGAAGCCGCCAAUGUGCUAAUUAUUGCUGCUUGCGGAUAUGGCUCCAUACCAGGGGUAAUGGGCUUCGUCCACCUGCAAAAACAUUUUAAAGGCACAUUGCAAACAGUUGAAUGCUACACAGAAAUAGAAAUGCCAAAAAGGGUAUAUAGUUUGGGAAAUAUACUAUGUGGCGGGGACAAUUGUCUCGUACACUUCGGGACAUGGGACUCCCUAGUGCACGAAUUGGGAAACUUUCCACAGUACUUUCGGAUGAAGCAAGAAAUAUUUCCUGAUGCUAUAUAUGGGCCAGAGCCAGACGAUAUUAAAAAAUCAUUUUUUCACCGAAAGAACGCAAACAUUUGGUUUCCUUAUCCAGGCCCUGAUAGUAACAUUAUAGAUAUGACACAACGCUACUUAUACGAAAAAGAAGGGAUACAGCCGGUUCAUUUUAAGAUGUACACAACAAUGCCACUACUGAUACAUUUAUUUUUGAUAAUACCGAUUUUCUAUUGUUAUUACUGGCUGUCUUAUUUCAAGUGCUUCAGAACAAUGUUACGGAGGUAUCCUAGAUUCUUUACGGCGGGAUUUAUGAGCCAUGAAGGGCCAAGUGAAGAAAAUAUGCACGAUACAAAAUAUAGCUUUAUACUAUCGGGGAACGCCAGGGUAAAUAAGAAAAAUAAGACAAAGCAUUUAAAGGUUUUUGGGACGCACCCGUACGAAGCCACAGCGAUAGCCUUUACGAUUUCGGCAAUUACUAUAUUAAGAGAUUACUCAUAUAUGCCAAAAGGUGGUGUCCUUACUACUGGUGCAGCAUAUUACCAAACUAAAUUAAUUGAUAGACUAAAUAACCAUGGUAUUAAUUUUGAGUUUAUUUCCGAUGACGGAGAAGAAAUAAUGACAGAAAGCAAAAGAAUGAAGAGCCAAAUUGAGAGUAUGACGUAAGGAUAGAGCCAGUCUUCCAUUUUGCCUGCAAUUUUCCCAGUAAGGAAAGAGAAUGUGCGGUACCUACUCAAAAGAGUCCACAGCUAGCUCGGUUCUCCAUACAAACGUUGUUACGCUUUCAUUUUAAAACAACUAGCUAGAUUGUUCGAAAACUUAGUACUUACAUAGGAUAAGGUUUAUCUAGUCCUGUAAUUGGUUUAUGUAGCUACAGACGCCAUAGUUAAAAAAAUACAGUCAAUUACAAAGCUUGUUUUUGCUGUAUUUCGUUUGUUUUAUAAACUGGAGCUAUAUAAAUUAAUUACAUAACUAGAUAUAACUCAUGUAUGUGCAAAAUUUCAUUACAAUCCAACACAAAAUGAGAGCGAAACUCCGUUUGUAUGGGAAGGUGAAAUUCGGCCGAGCUUGCCGGGGACUCUUAAAGUAACUUGCACAGUUGCAUCAUCGGCGGACAAGCAAUAUAUUUAGGCGCGUACGAAAGAGACAGGAAAUGGCCUGUCAACGAACGAAAUUCUUCGGGUUUAGUGGAAUCGCUCUAAUCUGUUUGGAAAAAUUUGACCGGGAAAAGAAAUGGUGAACUGUAUUUUAAUGACUAAAAAUAAAAAACAUGUCAGUCUUAA